AUGUUCAAAUUCUACCCAUCCGACUUCUUCCACUUCGAGUUCCUCCGAGUGCUGGCCAGCGCGCCCGCCGGCGGGGCCGAGACAGGCGAGUGCCUGGCGGUGCUCCCGCAGGUGGCAGACGGGGACGCCGAGGCGUGGUACCGGGCGUGGACGGCGCAGGCACAGCAGGCGCGGGGGCUGGGCGACGAGGCGCUCGUCUCCGGGGACACGCUGGCCGCGUCGGGGGCCUACCUGCGCGCCAGCAACUACUUCCGCGCCAGCGAGUUCUUCCUGCACACCCGGCCGGACGACCCGCGCUCGCUGGCGGCGAUCGAGCAUAGUGUCGCCGUGUUCGACAAGGGGGUGGAUCUGCUGGAUACGUGCACGGUGGCGCGGGUGGAGAUUCCGUACGAGGAGGAGAAGGGGGCUGCGCGGCUGCCGGGCAGGUUGUAUCUCCCCCGGUCGGGUGCCGCGCAGGCAGGCCAAGGCCAAGACAAAAGCAAGCUCCCGCUCCUCAUCAUGACCGGCGGGUUCGACUCGACGCAGGAGGAACUGUACUUCUUCGGGCCGGCGGCUGCACUUCCGCGCGGCUACGCGGUGCUCACCUUCGAGGGACCGGGCCAGGGCAUCUGCCUCCGCCGCGACGGGCUGCGGCUGCGCCCGGACUGGGAGCACGUGACGACCAAAGUGCUGGAUGUGGUGGAGAGCCAGCUGGCCGAGGACUAUCCGAUCGACUUGGAGAGGGUGGCAGUGGUCGGCGCCUCGCUGGGCGGGUAUUUUGCUCUGCGGGCGGCGGCGGACCCGCGCGUGCGGGCGUGCGUCUCGUGCGAUGCGUGCUACGAUCUCUUCGACGUCACGCGCAGUCGCAUGCCCGGGUGGUUUAUCAAUGGGUGGCUGGGCGGGCGGCUCAGCGACGGGUUCUUCAACUGGGUGGUCAAUAGACUGGCCGGGUGGAGUUUCCAGCUGCGCUGGGAGUUCGGCCACAGCAUGUGGGUGUAUGGGGUGGAGACGCCGGCGGAGGUGAUGCGCUGCAUGCAGCAGUACCACGCCAGGGGAUUUUUGCAGAAGGUCAAGUGCAGUACGUUUGUGACGGGGGCGGCGCAUACAUUCUAUUUUACGCCAAAGCAGAAUACGGAGCCGAUCUUCGAGACGCUGGGGCAUCUCCCACCGCAGAAGAAGCGGUUGUGGAUCGGGAAGGGGGUCGAGGGGGGUGGGCUGCAGGCCAAGAUCGGGGCGUGGGCGGUGUUUCACCAGAAGAUGCAGAUCCAAGCCGCGGCGGCACUAAACAACCUCACCCUCGACAUCCCCCAACCCUUCGCCUUCGGCACGGCCAACAAAUCCCCCGAGUUCCUCGAGAAAUUCCCCACCGGCAAGGUCCCCGCUUUCGAAUCUUCCGACGGCGAGGUGACGCUGGUCGAAUCCGACGCGAUCGCGCAGUACGUGGCGGGGUGCGGGCCCGCGGCGCCGGCGCUGCUGGGCCGCAAUGUCGCCGAGCAGGCGGCGGUGCGGCAGUGGAUCUGCUUCGCGGAGACCGAGGUGUUCCGGAACAUGGUGGCGGUGGUGCUGUGGCGCGUGGGGAUGCGGGAGUACGAUGCGCGGGUCGAUGGCGAGGGGGCCAAAGGGUUGGAGGAGGCGUUGGCGGUGGUGGAGCGGCAUCUUGCGGGGGGGGAGAGGGAGAAAGACUACCUGGCGACGGAGGGGGGGUUGUCCUUGGCGGAUUUGACGCUCGCGUCGGCGCUGUUCUGGGCGUUCAUGCAUUAUAUCGAUGAGGAGAUGAGGGGGCGGUUUCCCCGGGUGGUGCGGUGGUAUCUUCGGGUGGUUGGGGCGGAGAGGGUGAGGGAGGUGUUUGGGGAGCCGUGCUUGGUUGCCGUACGGAAGGUGGCUCCUGUUUAG